GCUCCUCGCCGCCGCCACCGCGCGCGCAUUGUAGGGCUGUCAAGGCCACGGGCAUGAUGCUUCGGGCUCUGGUGGGGGCUGUCCUCCCCGCCAUGCUGCUGGCCGCGCCGCCGCCCAUCAACAAGCUGGCACUGUUUCCGGACAAGAGUGCCUGGUGCGAGGCCAAGAACAUCACCCAGAUCGUGGGCCACAGCGGCUGUGAGGCCAAGUCCAUCCAGAACAGAGCGUGCCUAGGACAGUGCUUCAGCUACAGUGUUCCCAACACCUUCCCGCAGUCUACAGAGUCCCUGGUGCACUGCGACUCCUGCAUGCCAGCUCAGUCCAUGUGGGAGAUUGUAACGCUGGAGUGCCCCGGCCACGAGGAGGUGCCCAGGGUGGACAAGCUGGUGGAGAAGAUCCUGCACUGCAGCUGCCAGGCCUGUGGCAAGGAGCCGAGUCACGAGGGGCUGAGUGUCUACGUGCAGGGCGAGGACGGCCCGGGCCCGCAGCCGGGCACCCAUCCCCACCCCCACCCCCACCUCCACCCUGGCGGGCAGACCCCUGAGCCCGAGGAACCCCCAGGGGCCCCCCACACCGAGGAAGAGGGGGCUGAGGAUUGAGGCCCUCAACUCUGCCUCCCCGCUCGUCCCCCGUGGAAUGCUGGGGGAAGUGUGUGGGGAGAGGCUGAAGCCCCUCUUUGGCACUGGAUGGACUUGGAUUCAGACUUGGACUUGGAAUGCUUCCUGGUUGCCAUGGAGAUCUGAAGGGAGGGGCUGGAGCCAAGCUGCACAAUUUAAUAUAUUCAAGAGUGGGGGGAGGAAGCAGAGGUCUUCAGGGUUCUUUUUUGGAGGGGAGGGUCUCUUCUUUCUGCCUCCUUUAGAUGUGCUCUUGGGAGGAGGAGGAAGUUGGCUAAGCUGCUGAGGUGGGGGUGAGGCCAUCCAAGAUGGCAGGAGCCAGGCCAAGGCCCAUGCAGCCUCUGGUGGGGCAGGGCCCCUGGGGCACAGUGGUGGAGCUGGGCCCUGAGCGGAGUGGGUACCUGGCCAGCAGCGGCCCUGAGGGAGGGCUGGUCUGGGCUAGGAAGACCACUGGCAGAAGCGGGGUGCUCCGCCCCCACCGGCUUCCCCAGAGGCCGCCCACCCCACUCCCAGGCCCAGGGUAGCUUCUCCCCGUGGCACUGAAGUGGCCCGCCCUCCAUGGUUGGGAGUCAGGCCUGGGCAGGACCCUGCUGACUCAUGGCCCCGGAGCCAGUGGCCAGCUCUUUGGGCCUCUGGCUUUCUUGGCUUUCCAGGGAUGAAGGGAGGAGUCUUCCGGGGCCAGGCAGUAGGAAUGACCCCCAGACCAUCACCACAGAAAAGCAUCCCUCCCUCCUGUUCUCGAAAUCACAGUGCCUCCCACUGCUCCUCAGAUCCUAGGCCCCUCAGUGAGCUGAUGGGCGCCUCACAGUGCGGGGGGGCUCUUUCUGUCUGAUGGUGGGGUGGAGUCUCCCUGACUGAGUCCAAGGAGGGACCUGGGCGGGAUGGAUUCCGGCUGAGCCUCAAGAAAAGAGGAGGGGCGAGGGCUCCGUGGGCACUGUCACUGUGGCUGUAGCCACCUGAUCCCACCGGCCUCCCCUCCCACUGCACUUUAACCCGCGAGGGCGAGAGGGAUCCGAACUGGGGCCGGACGGGGAGGAAUGGCCUCUGUCUGCUCUUCUGUCCCCAGGUGGCUUUCAGCCCCACCAGCCCCCUGCCUGGGGGUGCCCUGCCCUCACGGCUGUUCCGACAAGAGCUUCUGGAGCUUGUAACCAGUACAUUGUCUCCCUGACGGACCCUGAGUGUUCUCAAUAAAUUCGUUCAACGUC